AUGCACCUGGUCUGGGAAAACGUCAUCAAGAACUUGGUCGCCUUGUGGACUGGUCAGUACCGCGAGCUAGACAGCGGGAGAGAGGACUAUGAGCUAUCGCCUGAAACUUGGAAGAUCAUAGGGGAAGCAACUGCUGCCUCGGGAUCCACCAUCCCAUCUGCAUACGGCCCUCGCCCACCGAACAUUGAUACUGACAAGCAAGCUUGUACAGCAGACUCGUGGUCCUUCUGGACCUUGUACAUAGCACCUGUCGUCCUUCGCGGCCGCUUUCGCCACGAGAAGUACUACAAGCACUUCAUCAAGCUUGUCAAGAUACUCCAUGUAUGUCUGCAAUUCGAGAUGACGAGGUCAGAAGUGGCAGAUGUUCGUCGCGGGCUUGCGGAAUGGGUUGAAGAAUACGAAAAAAUUUACUAUCAGAACACGCCCUCACGACUUGCUGCGUGUCCUCUCACUAUACAUGCCUUGCUGCACGUCGCCGACAGCAUCGAGGCCGCGGGGCCUGUCUGGGCAUCGUGGGCAUUUCCCAUGGAGCGAUAUUGCGGGAUGCUCAAACCCGCCAUCCGAAGUCGCCGAUUCCCUUACACAACUCUCGCGCAUUACGUCCUCGACACAGCACGCCUACUUCAGGUCAAAUUAGUCUAUGACGCAGCAGAUGUCUUGUCAUUGCGGCGCCCUAUGCAGGACAUGUCGACAACCUUUCCUGAAUACCAAAUGUGUGCCUUGUUGCCACCUUCGAGGAAAGCCGUCACGCUCGACAAAGCUGUUCAUGACAAGAUCAUCAGCCACCUGUCUACUCGGUUUGAAGCUCCCGUUCGGGACGUCCGCGCAAUGCUCAGGCCGGAAACAAUCACACAAUGGGGCAAGCUGCAAAUCCUCGGGGGAGGUGAUCUCGUCCGGUCUACGACACUCGGUGGCAUCAGAGAGGACUCGCGAAAUGCGUCGUAUGUGCGGUACGAAAGCCUUGUCGACAAGUUUGCUGGACAGCGAAACCGUCCGUCGGUUUUUGAGCUUCGGACUUUCUAUGGCGAGCUGCAGCAUAUCGUGUCUUUGGACGUACAGGUCACCGACACCGCUGGCGCGCGGAGAGUCGAAACUCUCAUACUCGCUGGCAUCCGGACAUGCAAAUUGGACGACCGCCCUUCACCUGGUGGCCUCGACAUUCACUACUAUACCACAACUGGUCGAUACGAAGUCGUGGACAUCAAUAACAUACAAUGUCUCGUCGGGCGCAUCCACGAUCGAGGCCAGUGGGCCAUCGUUGAUAGGAGUGGUAGUCUGGCGCGUGCGAUAUAUGUGGAGGAGGACAUAAACUAA